AAUUUAGACGCUCGACGAUCCGCUGCAUGCAUGGCCCUCGAGGCUCGAUAGAGUCGCUUUCACGCGCGGCGGAUGUUUCUCUGGUACUGUUGUUGUGUUUUGACAGGAUUAGCGACGGGAGUUGCUUCGGGCACUAAAAGGACGGGACGGAUACACGGCGUUCAACAGGCGUUUUGCGGGUCCGCGGACUCUGCGAUGAUGAUCAAAAUUGUAGCGUUCUUGAGGUUUUGGCAUGCUGGGAUGGCGACCAUGUAGUCUAUGCAAAAAGCACCGGCGCGAUGCGCGCUUCCCCAUCAGUGCUGGCCCCCCGCAAGCUGGAUGUGCCCUCACUCACGCUCUCACUGUCAUCCAGCGUCGCUCCACUCCCAUCCAGAGCCGCUCUCACUCUCGCGGCGCACGGUCGGUGGCGCGGUGGGUGGUUGCACCGCGGCUAGAGGGCAGAAUGACACCACACGUCGCCAUCCGCACCACCACAUGCAAACACAAUGCUACCACUGAGCACACCAGGGCAACUCGGGAGCCGUUGCACAGCAGGCGUCGAUGAUCUGAGCCCUCUCGGCAUGCACGGACCGCCCAUAGCGCGAACCAUCUCCCGCGUCGCCCGCACUUUGGACCCAGAUUGGCAUUUGGCAUCCUGGACGCCCGCGCGGCCUAGCUGGGGCUGGGGCAGCGAGCACCGGGCGCAUAUCUCGUGUGAGAGGCUCCACGGCGGGACGGCCUCGUCGAGAGGGACACAGGCCCGACGAACCUUUGCCAACGCGGAAGGUGCGACUCGAGGUACAUGCAGCCGCGUACCGCACGCGCCGCUGGCGCAGGCUGUCGGGGCUACUUUGACCACCAACACCACUGCGCAGCACAUCUGCGGGCCCGCGGGCCCCUCUUAUCGACCCUCGGCCGCACCCAGGACGGGCAACCCUGCCGAGCCUCGCUGUCGAGACGCCGCACCGUCGUGCCUGCUCGCUCAGGCUGGACGCUGCGGCGGCUGCGUGCUCUCACCACCGCCAGCAAGCCUCGUGCUCAUGGACCCUUUUCACCCCGGACUGACUGAGCGACGAGGACCCUUUGUUCAAACCUUAUGCCCGUCAUCUCCCGGCUCCCGCAGGCCAGCUACUCGCUGUCCGCGCCUGCACCGGAGCGACACCGAGCCCAGCGCCGACCCAUCUGCAUCUCGUCAUAGCACUGGGGUGCAAGCGCCAGGCACGCUUGCACCGUAG